CUUGCUUGAAGCCGGUCAGUAGUGUUCUUGGUGUUCGUUGGUUGCAGUUGAGGAGAAGUAACAAUAAUAAAACCAAAUAUAAACAAAAUGAGUACAAAGGAUAAUAACGAAGUAGCUGUUGAAAAAAUCGAAAACGACAGAAGUGCCACUGAUGGUAAAUGUGAGUUGAAAGGAACGAAGAGGGCAGCAGAAGAUAAAACGGAGGAAGUGAAAAAAGCAAGGAAAGAAGAAAACGGUGCGGGGUCAGAAGGUGAGGAGUUAGAAGAAGAAGAGGAAGAGGGUGCCGAAGGUGAGGAAGAAGACGAGGAGGAUGAACUUCCCGAAGGUGACGAAGAAGAAUUAGAAUGUGAAGAUGACGACGAAGAGGACGUGGAAGGCGAAGAAGGGGUGGACGAGGACGAAGAUGAUGCAUAAUAGCCGCAUUUCGAUCUCAUUGAGCAAGUGACGGACUCAUUACUCAGUGUACACUAGUCCGAACUUAUUUGUGGCCUCCUUUUUAUCUAGUUGAUUAUCAGUAGUUAGUUUAAAAGAUAAAGUAAUAAAAAAAUGUUCUUGUUUCAACGUUCACAUCAUCAUCGUCCACCCCCAACCGGUAGCCCAAUUAGGUUGCCGUAGCAUAUAUCGUAAGCGUAAAUACAUACUAAACGUUAAAACAGAAUCAACAAUUGUCUACAUUGUUUCCAAUUCAAGAAGCCACACAACUACUUUCGGAUUAUUGUUUUUCACUGUGCGGAGACUUCAUCAGGGAUCGCAUGACUUGUUUUUUUCGUGUUCGUGCGUUAACUGCUGUUGGGACCUGUCAUUAUUAAUAUUAUUAAUUAUUGCAAAUCGGCCAUACACCGGCCGUUGUCUUAAUUACUCUUAACUUAUUACUACCACUAUAUGCAGGGCUAAACGAGCGAACGAACAUAAAUAAAGGCAAAUGGCAGACAGGUAGUAUAUGUGCGUAAAACAAUACAUACGCAUACUCCACUUUUGGUUUUCGUGUUAUUCUCGAAUGCCCAAUAAUUGUCUAGUGGUUUCAUUCGCUGUAGUUCAUUGUCUCUUAAUUGAUGUACGGUUUAUGUUUUCUUUGUCUUUAACAAUUUUUUUUAUAAAAUGCAUACUCGAAACAGUAUUUUGCUGAUAUAUUGGUAAUGUUUCUACCUUUUAGUGCACAUUUAAGUAAUGUUAAUAAGUUGUGUUCGGCUGCUCGUCUGGCUCUGUCCCUACGUACCCCUCGUUUGUAAAGAAAGUCCAUUUUAUUAUGUACUUGUAAAGUUAGAUGUAAAUUAGUUUAAGUUGGUGUUCAAUUUUGAAAAAUCGUAACUAUUCUGCCAGACGCCCCUCUUAUUACUCUACUAUUACUACUUCUGUUUUUAUUUGCCGGUUUGUUUUCUUUAGUAAGUAGUUAUUUGUGUACAAUUUUUAUUUUAGUAAAAAUAGAAAUUUUUAAUGUACCACAAGUGCACAAUUGAUCAAUUAAAACUAAAACCGUGUUUGUGUCAUAAAUACACGGGUUUUUUUUGAAUUUCUUGAAAAUUUGUAGAGAUAAUGGCAAUAAUGGCGAAUGUAACAGAUAUAGGCAUUUUUUAGUCACUUUUCCUCUCUUCUUUUUUAAUUUUUUUAGAUUGUUUUUGAGGUGGUUGUAAAUUAAAUAAAGUGUUGUAGAGUAUUUGAUGAAUAGAUGUUUUCCGCAGCUGAUAUGAUAUACUACUUUGUAAACUAAUAACACUCGCUAUUGCCUGACCUGCAAAUGUUUUCUUCUGUGUGCAGUGCAGAUAGACGUUAACUGUGUCAUUGGUUUACAAGAGGCUGAUCAAUAUGCGUAUCGAUAAUUAAAAAGUAAUGCUAUAAUAAGUUCUGUGAACUUGAGAGGUUUUUCAGAAGUAAAUCUGAAGGAAUACAAACCUGAAAAUUUAUUUUUAAUUUUGUUGCAUUUGAAAAGUAACUUGCGUAUAUUAGGAAAGAAGCAAUAUACAUAUAUAUACAGUUUUCACUAGUGAUAAAUUUUACUAGCGACGACCUAACUUAAAAAUUUGUACAUUAUAAAAUGUACAUUUCAUAAUUUCCAAAUUAAAAAAUGAUAUACUCCUAUUCAAUAUUAUUUCGCGUAGAAGUAUUUGAAAGGGUUUUUCAAAUAGAAAAAAGGGUUCGUUUUUUGAAUUCUCAGAUGUACUUUUGAAAAAUAAAUCUUAUUUUAUGGGAUGCAGAAUUUAUUUUGGUAUAUUUUUAAAGCAGAAGCGGAAUAAUUUUGUUACUGAAAGUUGUGAAGAUGAAGAUAAUACUGCAAAUACUUUUAAACGGCUUUCUAGAAAUCUGUUCAUAUCAGCGAUCCAUUCCAUCUAUUGUUUAGACAAUGAAUGAAACCAAUUUAUUCUUAUUGAUAUCUUCUUUUUUUACUUGACAAAAAAGGCAUAUUCGUUUGUUUAUAUAAGAACUUGAACAAUCCUUACGUAAUUCCUUGAAACUCAUGAUAAAUUAUGGCAUUUGCCUUUUGUUUAACAAGUACAAGUUCUAUGAUAGAAAUUAGAAAUAAACAUCAAAAUGUAUAUUUUAAAUCAUUGCUCUUGUCUAGUAACAUUGUCAUACUUUUUAAUUACAUUUCAUUUUUGUCAUAAACAACGUUAAUGUAAAUACUGUUUUUUUAUUUUUGAUAAAGUACAAAAACAAUAAACUCUACAAAUGUGGUGA